AUGGAAGAGCCCAAAUCAACUCCCCCGAUGCCUCAACUACCGAAGUCAUUUUCGACAGACCGACUACAGACCACCUCACAUUUGCACCCAAGCCGCGCGAACCCUAUGCCUCCAUUGGCAUCAACUGAAAAGUAUCAGACCCUGCCCGCCCUGACCCUCCCCCGGAAGAAGGACGAGCUGUGGAGUGUUUUCAGAUCGCUUGACGGCGACUACACCAAGUUCCAAUCUAAAUCAAGCACUUUGAAAGCAAACGUGGUCAGAUCCUCGUUGUUACCUUUCUUACGAAACUAUGCAGACCAUGCAUCCAACCUAUCACUACGAGCAGAAGACCUGGAUAGGCGUACCAACAUCCUGAACAAAUGGUGGACUGGUCUCCUUGACAUGCUCCACGGAAGAAACAAUCAGUCCAUCUCAGGCACAGACCGGCCAGCCAUCUUGGACGGCAUAUCAGGUAUCAUGGACCGUCAGGAAUGGCGACUCUCACCCUCUCCUCUGUGCCCACUCGAUCGAAGAAAUGUGCACAUGAUUCCUUCGAGAAAUAACACAACAACAUCCUUGUCAUCGACCGGAAUCGACUUUUUGACCGAGUCUGUUCACCAUAACGUACGAAACAUGUUUGUCCAGAACCUCAAUUCGCAGAUGGCUUUCGUGGUUGACAGGAUGUCUUUGAAAAACGCAUCUGCCAGUCUGGUCACGUUUUGCGGCAAGGCCACCGCGUAUGCAUUCUUCUUCUGCCCAGGCAUUGCAGAAGUUCUUGUCCGUCUGUGGGAUGCGCCAACAGAAGUAAUGCGAAGGGUCCUUGCCGAAAGCGGCGUCAGCAGGUUCGACAACCUUGGUGAAACGGCCGCAAGGAUCAACUCUGCAUUCCCUCCCUCCAUGCAAUCUUUGGGAUUCGUCUCUCUAGGAAAGCUACUCAAACACCUCAGAAAACAGACACCACUACCGCUUGGAACGGCCAACAUUCAGUGGUAUGGCUACUGGCUUGAGCGUUGGUCGGGUCGCGAGAGUGAUCUAUUCUUCGCCUUCGUCAAGCACUUCCAUAUCCUGGUCGCCGACUAUCUGCCAUCAGAUGCUACCAAAAAGGAAAGAGUCUGCGUUCCCGGUCUCAUCUUUGUGCAUUCUCAGAUUUUGGUCAACCUCGACUCCACUAUUCACCGUGAUGCAGGUCAAUUGCACGGUGACCCAUCAAAUAAUCCUUCUCCCACUUUCGACGAUGUUCUGGUUGAUCCAGAUGCAGUUGCGUCGACUUUACCUUUACCACCUACUAAUGCUAUCCGAAUAAUGGCGGAAAACCGUCUGAUAAUGCUAAUCAGAGACUUUCUCUCAGAGAGAGCCUCAGAGCAUCCUUUUGCUCGACAACUUUUCGCAGAGUCUUUUGCAUGCCUGCUACAAGCAGGCGCUCGUGGCAUCUCGAUUUAUAGUCAUCUCGCCUGUUACACUCUUUGCGACUUCUUGGAAGAGGCAUUUCCGAUCAUCGUCCGCUACGAACAGAUGCAUCCCUCUCAGCAAUGUCUCAUCAACACAGAUUUCUGGAUAGAAGUGUGCAAGAAAAUGGUUCUCAGCCAAAACACGAUGACCGAAAUCAGAUUGUUCGCCUUCCUCUUCACAAUCUGGAGCACAGUCAAUAGCAGUCCGGAACGCAAGAAUAAGAUCUGUGUUGAGCUUUUGCUCGAUCAGGAGGUCUUCGAGAAGACCUUUACUCAUUGGUGCCCUAUGGUGCGGGCUUACUACAUGCGAUUGCUCUGCUGGCGCCUUGGCCGCUACGACGGGGAGGGAUCCUCGGGCGAUAGAUUGAUCUUUGAGACACUGCUGCAGCGUCUCCAGGCCGUCUGGUCUCACUUCUUGUGGCAAAGACAGCAAGCCGCUCAAGGGAAAAUGCUGCCUCCCUCGACGACUCCAUGCAACCCUGCUCCUGGUAGACGUCUGUUGAUCAUUCGUACCGAUACUCAGGUUGCACCAGGUGGCUCUUUCCUGGCUUUUGACGGAAUCAUGCCUCCUCAUCCAUCAGCACCUAUUGGAACUCCCAGUCAGGCGUGGAAGAGAGAUUCAGUCAUCUCGCAAGCAGCUUCGUUAGACAUUCGACCCACAUCAUCGGCAUCUUCUGAUUUCAAUACUGAAGUUGAGCGCGAAGGUGGACUACGCGGUUUCCUACGCAGCAUCAUGGGAGGCAAGAGCCGCAAAGCACCACCUCUCAAGACCACGUCAUCAUCAGCUUCUUUGCCACCAGCGCCAGAGACUACAUUGCCUGCUGGCAAACUGACCCGAUCGCCGACUACUGCUACGCAAGCGCCACGUUCGCGUGCCUCUGCCACGAAGCCAUCGCCUCAGACCACCCCUCUCGCAAGCAGAGGUCCAUCACCAAUCAGACACCGCAACUUCUGCUUCAAAUUCUCUCUUGAGAUGCAUCCCAAGGCUCACCAUCCCACUGCUAUGCGUUUGCAGCCGCCCAGACUGCCGCUAGCCGCACAACUUUAUCUCCAAGACGGUGAUAGCGAGGACACAAUCGUCAAAGCUGUCGAACCCGUCGGCGAGUCCAAGGCACAAGCAACUUACUCUGGUCGCGCUUUGGCCGAAUGGACAUGCAUCCUCAUGGAAUGUCAAGGCUUCUUCGAGCGCAGAAAGGGCGAAGGAGUCCCCACCAACAAGCACGUCGAGACACCAACUCUGGGUGUCGAAGUCUUUAGCAAAUCCAGAUGA